UCCUCUGCUGCACAGAGAAUCGUAGGGUACAGAAAAGCAUCCUGGCUUACAUACUGUCAUAACCCGGCUCCUAGGCCAUGACAAAUAUGGGAAGGGACAAAGGUGGAUGGUGUUAAAUCAAAAGAUAUUUUCUGUAACAAAAUUAACGACUUAAGAAAGAACUACAUAUGGAAUGUGGCUAAUCAGUAAAUCAGUAAUGCAGAUGUGAGUGAGUGAAAACAGUGUCAUGUAAGGUAAGCAUAACGAAAGAAAAACCAAACAAAGGCAAAACGUGCAGUGUCAGAGGAGAUGAGUCCAAGUGGAGAGAGAGGACAAACAACACUGAAGCUGGGCUUUCACUCUCCAGAAGCAUUCAGUUCAGCCCAGGUGCUCAGACUCAGCCGCUGCACUCCUGUGACACCUUCAAGAACAGAGGGAAAAAACCGUCUCUGUUAAAUUACAACCAACUUAGCACCUCAGGGGCCGUCAUGCUGCACAAUGCAACCAGUUGCAGGAGAAAAUACUUUUAUUUCUGGCAAUGUGACAUUCUUUUAGGCCUGCAAAAAACAGGAUAAAUGUCCCUAUAGACAGAGAAUGCAGUGUGAUAUAUCAUUUCUGAAUGUCCGUUUCACAACUUCACCAAUGGCCUUAUUUUUGAGAAACUCACUAUUUUGCUGAACCUCGUUUAUAAUUUAUACAGUGGCAGGACAGAUUCAGGUAUUUCUUCCACAAAACAAAAGGUCACAAAGCUUUUAAUCUGAUUUUAUUGACUUUAUUUUGCAAAGAUUCCUGUUUCCAGAACUUAUACUGACUCUGACUGACCUUUCUGCUCCUGAAAAAGUAGAUUUUAACAUGAUUUCUGAGGCCCUACAUGAGAGAUACUUAACUGGCUUUGCUCGGGGGCCACUUCUGCAGGAAGACAGGGGGCCAGUUAAUAACUAACAUCAAUCAUUAAUAUAAAAAAAUAAUAGCCCAGACCUCUGUUCUAGCUCUAUUUGGAUGCUUGUUUAUGCACCAUAUUAACUAUAAAAGUAAAAAAGGAAAUCCCAGUGUGAAUCAGUUUGUCAUUCUGAUGUGCUGAGUAUCACUACCCUAAAUAAUUGUCCUGGUAGACUGUGUUUAAACAGUGUGAGGGUAUAGUGAAUUUCUGAAAAAUAAAGCUAUUGGUGAAGUUGUGAUAUAGUCAGUUAUUUAUAUGGAAAUUACAUUUUAAUGUUAUGUACACACAACAACAAUAACACUGAGUGAAGGUUAUGCUAUUAGGAUAAUAUGAGCAGAUCUCCUCUGGGAGUGGGGCCGGCCCUUUAGACAUCUUUGUCAGGUUUUAUUGUCAGGGAGGAGCAAAUGGAAAUGCUGAGGUCAAAGGAGCUGUUUGCAAAAUCAGAUCUCACCACACAGAUGAGAGAGACAGAGGGAAGCUCUGGAAAAUUCUGACACACAACUCCACAAAUUUGAGAUUAGAUUUAGAUUCUGUUGAUGAAAAAAAUCUAAAAAAAACUCCUGCUGAACUGAAGCUCGGAGAUGACCUGGGGAAGCACAGCGAGUGAAACAUUCUGCAUUCAGGAGGACUCAGAGCUGGAACUGUAUUUUACUGCGCACACAUCUUUCUUUCACAAGGUCAGACGAUCAGCGGAUGAACAAAUCGACUGGAGGAAACAGGAGUUGACUGUUAGUGAGAUUCAUCAGAAGGUGAAGGAAUACAAUGCACAGAUCAACAGCAACCUCUACAUGGUGAUUAAUAAAGACGGGUCCUACACUGGUUUCAUCAAGGUCCACUUCCAGUUAGUCCGCCCCAUCUCCCUCCCUCCCCCUCAGAGCCCGUGCUCGUCACCGGAGGAAGAUCAUCAGGACAGACGGAUGAAGCGGCGGACAUCUUUCUACCUCCCCAAAGACGCUGCCAAGCACCUGCAUAUAAGCUCCCAAACACGUGUGCGAGAAGUCAUCGAGGCACUACUCAACAAGUUCACAGUGGUGGACAACCCGGCAAAGUUUGCCCUGUUUGAACGCACUGAGAGACAAAGCCAAGUGUUUAUGCGUAAACUGUCUGAUGAUGAGUGUCCCCUCUCCCUGCGCCUGUGUGCUGGCCCCAGUGAAAAAGUCAUGAGUCUGGUUUUGAAAGAAAACGAGACAGGGGAAGUCAAUUGGGAUGCAUUUAGUUUUCCUGAGCUAUGCAACUUUCUGCGCAUCCUGAAGCGUGAGGAAGAGGAGCACGUGCGGCAGAUUGUGAGACGCUACGCUCUUGCUAGAGACACGAUGAAGCAGGCCAUGGCAAGGAUUAGUACUCCUGGUUGACUCUGAGUGAUUCAACUGAUCUUCAUAUCAACUUGAAGAAGAAUGUUCUGCCUCUUUGAAUAGUAUCAUUGAUAAGCAGUGUAAAAGGGAAGGAAAGAGCUCAGACAAUGACAUUUUUUUUUAAUAAAUAUUGUUUAUGGAGCAGGGAUACUGGUGUUACAGUUAAAGUGAACUACCUAAAGGCUGCGGCCCCGCUAAUUUUAUGGAAGCAGAGCCACUGUACCUAAUGAAGGAAAAAAUAGUUUAUCUUGGACUAAAUUGGAUGCAGUUCCUGUUUUCAAGUCCAUGCUGCUUGACUGGAUUAUUUAUAGUGGUAUUAAAAACACAAUUUUAGUCUUUCUUGCCAUUUAUAAUGUGACAUAUUUAGUUUCAUUUAUAUUCUGUGAGGCUGUUUUUAAAUUUUUGGCACUUUAAUGAACCUGUGAAAUGGAUUUGGGCAAGUUGAAAUGUGAAACAAUGUGUUUAUAUUCUAACUAUCUAAUAA